GGUCAGUGAGCGUUUGUGAUUUGUUGAAUCAACUGCGGGAAAAUGUUAGAGCAAACUGUUAAAUAAGGAGAUCUGGGAUCUUCAGAGAAGGGAGGGAUUGAAGAGACACCCUCAAAUGCUCUGUCAACACACGCCAGCAUGCCUCUGCUAACAUAACCAUCAAACUUUCAUCCAACGCUCAGAAAAUCACUGUUGACGUGCAGCUGAGGAAGUUAGGGAUUAUUUUUUGCCAAUGGAGACUGAAAGUUUUCUGAGCUGUGUUAAAAAAAUUCUGAGAAUGUUAAAUUUAAACCAGGUUCCUUAAAAAGGUGUCCUUUAAACUCAGCUCACCUUCCCAGAAGAUGGAAUGGACUUCUCUGUAUGCUGUCUCAAAGCUCUGUCCCAAAGUUUCUUCCAUUAACAUUUGAAGGGGUGGUCUUGUUUCUCAGAGUCAACCAGAUAAUGUUGAGAACUGUUAUUUUGUGGCCAUGUGUAUUAAUAUAAGGAGGUAUCUGGUGUUUAUUUCUGUCCCCUGAGAUUGUCCACAACAAAGGGAGAUAAUGAGUGCCAUCGGGUACAGAAUUCUCUGAAGACAAACUUGGUCAACAUUUAGCCCUGGCUUGUGGAGGCUGCAAAAUAAACCAGCUACAUAAACACUGGUGGCCAAAUCGGCUGUGAUAACCCGCUUGUCCAGACAUGAUAUGGCCAGGGACAAUGGACAUUAGUAAUUCAGCCGCCUGAGACUUAGGGUGACAUCCAUGCUUCAUCAACCUGUUGAACAUCAGGCAUUUUGAUGGUAUUUUCACAUGCCCAGAAGAUCAGACCCCACUAGAUUACGCAAAGAUUUACCCCGACCCAGAGGUAGAUGAGGAAAUCAUGACCAGCAUCAUCCGUUGUACUCAUUACAAAGAGGGCUGCAAGUGGACGGACAAAGCACAAAAUCUCCAGUCUCACCUGGACAUAUGUCGUUACGAUGCCCUCAGUUGCCCAAACAAGUGCAACGCCAAAGUCUCGCAAAUGUGUCUGGAUGAUCACCUGGAGUUUACCUGUCCCCGGCGCAGAGUCAAGUGCGAAUUCUGUGGCAACGAGUUCUAUGGGGAAGUGCUGGAGGACACGCACGCAGGUAACUGCUCUAUGGAGGUGGUUUGGUGCGAGAAUAAAUGUGGUGCCAAGUUACAGAGGAAGUACCUGAAAAAUCACAUGAAACAUGAGUGUCACAAACGCUGCGUCACAUGUCAAUACUGUCAGCGCGAGUUCGUGGAGGAAACUUUACAGACCCAUCAGUACCAGUGUCCUCGCUAUCCAGUCAUGUGUCCAAAUCGCUGUGACCCCACAAAAAUUCCUCGUGAGGAAGUGGAUUACCAUGUCCAAGACGUCUGCCCUUCCGCAACUGUCAGCUGCAAGUUCAAACCUGCCGGUUGCAAGUAUAAGGGUCCACGCUUUGGCCUGCACAACCACAUUGAGGACAAUCUGGCUACACACCUGGAACUUGCCUGGUCGCUCGUUCACAAACAGGCACUUCAAAUCCAGCAGUUGACCGAGACUGUCCACACAGUCAACAAUGUCACUAACGGCGUGUUCAUCUGGAAAAUCAAUGACUACAAGGCCAAACUGAUGGAGUGCAUGAUGCGAAACAACCGAGAAAAGCGUGAAAUCUUUAGUCAGCCAUUUUACACUAGUCGCCAUGGCUACAAGAUGAUUAUGUCUGCAUUUCUAAAUGGCAACGGAACAGGUGAGGGCAAAUUCCUGUCAGUGUACAUCAAGCUUUUGCCCGGAGAGUAUGAUAAUAUUUUAGACUGGCCUUUCACUUUGCCCAUCACCAUCACAUUGUUUGAUCAGUGCUCAGAUCCGGAGAAACGCAUCAACAUCAAAGAAAGUUUCAUCCCAGAUCCGACAUGGAAACACUUUCAGAAACCAUUAAAAGACAUAGACUCUCUUGGGUUUGGGUACCCCAAGUUCAUUUCCUUGGAGGCCUUGAAAUUACGCUCCUACAUAAAAGACGAUUCCUUGAUGAUCAAGGUUGCAUUUGACAAUGGCAAAUUCAUCAUACCCUGAGAAUUGGGCCCUUUGAGAUCAGACAAGUGAUUAAUGCAUAAUAUACCAUAUUUAUAAUUGGUACAAUCAUCGUCACAGAGCUCUUGGUUUUGCGGGAUGUUUUUGUGCCCAGUUUGUAACAGGACAGGACCAAGUUGAGAAAGAAAUCCAGUUGGCCAAUCUAGUAUUGUGAGUGUGCUUAGAUUCAGUGAUUGAGAGUCACUGACAAGGUGAAUGAAAAGGUAAUAAAUGAUGGCAAAAGUGAGGGGAUAAAUGGAAAGGUAAAUGAAUGAAUGAGAAAGGUGUAAGCUGUGUAGAUGUUGUUAUUAGCUUUCUUGAAAGUCAAAGGUGUCAAAACAAAACAAAAACAAGAAGAGUUGAGGAACAACCUCAUUUCAAAUGUCUUCAAGCAUUCUCAAACAACGCUGAGAGCACGAACACAGCUACAUGUGGCAUUGAAGAAAAAUCUAUUAGUGCAAGUAAAGUUUCAUUUGGAAAGACUUACAAAAAAUAUUGUAGGUUACUAACUCAAGUUUUGUAAAAUGUUCAUAAAUCAGAUAAUUGGUGAAGGUAAUGGUUAUGAAUCUUACAAUAAAAGAACAGGGUCUGUUGACCAAACAGUUGUUCUGAAAUCUACAAUGCUUGGAUUCAAGGUUUGAUAAGCAAAGAUUCAAGACUCGCGUCUGCAGCAAGUUCUGGAUUUACAAGAUCAUAAAAGACUUAGUUUGUUUACAAGUAACCUGAUGUUUACAUUUGGUUAAGUUACACUACUUCAAGUGAGAGGUGAAGUGAUGGUUGAAUAAGAAUACUAAAGUUAUCUCCCUUUAUCAAGCUGUGGCAGACAUGCAAAAUAAAUGUGGUUCUGAGUUAAUGUACCAGUUUAUACGGCAGAAAUCUGCCUGUUGAUUUGUGUAGGCCUAAUCACCACCAUAUCUACCAUCUGGAUACUUUUAAAUCGAUGGGUCCUGUAUAAUAAUUUGUUUGUUGUUUGCUCUAUCAGUUAAAUGUAGCAUAAAAUGGUGCCACUGUCGAAGCAGCUAAAAGAUGUUCUAGUCGUUAACUUCUUGUUGAAUUCUGUAUCAUAGUAUUUAAUGUGUUUGGUACAUUAAGCUACAUUUGUUUGUUUUAUUUAGAAUAGUUUGGUCUAUGGAAGUGAGUUGAUAAGAUAUACCUUUUUUGAUAAACAAGACUUUUUUUUGAGUUAUGUCAUUAUGAUGUGUAUUAUACCAAUGUAACAUGUGAGAAAAGAUGGCUUACUUUGGUGAAAAAAUACAUAAAAUAUACGAGAAUUCGUCAUUAUUUGUCUUUAGUUUUCAUAUGAAAAAACAAUUUAGUAUUGCCGUUUCUUUCUUCUGUUUCUGUUUUCCACAGAUUUUGAUCAGUAAUGGUUUGUUUAAUCCUGUUUUAGUCGUGUGAGGAAAGACGUUGUUAAAGUCCAAUUUUUUGGUUGUUUUGUCAAAAUGUAUUAUGUAAUUCCAGAAACAUGGAUUGUGCGUAUUUGCUGUUUUACUUUUUCUCUACAUCAUAAUAGGAUAUCUGAUUCCAUGAUAAUAAUGUUUCAGUUUUAUUAGGACACAUUUUUGAAAUGUAUGAUUAUGUCCUAUCCCUCUUUGAUUUGGAAAUAUAUUUGCUAUUGGUCAGGUCUGUACUCCGGGACUCCUUUAUAACUAUUUCUACCUCCAUCUUUUAGCAUGAAUAUUGCAUCUAUAAAUGUUUUUGUUUUUAAAACACUGUGCAGUUACAAGAGGGAGAAUUAAGUGCUGUCUCACCAACAAGGAGAACAGCACUAAUUAUAUCCCCUACAGCUGUCCAUAUAACAUUUCAGAAAAAGAAACCUUUACCUAAUCACAGGCUUUCACAAAGCUACUCCACCCUUGGCCAAUCACCUCACGGAAAUAUAUCAUGUGAUGCACUAAUUAAUGCACCAUAUUUGCAUAUGCCACAUAUACAUCAUCCAACCUCAGAAGUAUAAAUACAAUCAUUAUUGGGACAUAAUGCAAUCACAGUAAAGUGCAUAUUUUGGUUUCUGUUAUCUCAUGAUAAAGUAUUUUAAUGUACCUGUGUUUGUAAUUCAAUACGAUUUGAGCAGAUAAUACCAGUACUAUAACUCAUACCUGAGGGAGGUAUAAAAAAAAACGAUACCUUCAUGAUGAUAUACCAUAAUGAUAUCGUAUUAUUGCAUGUCAUCAUGAUCAUCAAAACUUAUACAUAAUCAUGUUAACAAAACCAUGAUAACCCAGAAGAAACCAAGAUCAGUGCAUAUACUUAAUUUAAUUGGUGCGUUUGUCAUAUUUGAGUAGGCCAGGCUGGCUUCAGUUGGCUAACCUGUCCUUCCAUCAAUUGUAAUCAUGUUGUGAUUGAGAAAGCAUGUGGUAAUCAUCCCAUACGUGAUUGAAUGGUAACUAUGAGGUGAAAAUAUUUACAAUUAGUUGUAUGGUACUGGGUCAGAAGAACCAGUUCCAAAGCAAGCCAGGGAGGGCACUUAGUUUUGCCUGACCAAUUAGGCUACUCUUGAAAGAAGUGAGUCCUCCAUACACAACAGCCCCCUGCCCUGGAUCUGCUGCGCAUGUAUUUAAAAAGAUAGUGUUGUAUUAAAGUUGUUCAUAAUGUUUUAAUCUAAAAGUACUGUAUUAUCGUUCACAUCAUACAGAUAUGCAUCAUGCACAGGUUCAGUUGUUUGUCAGUGUUAUCAUAUCUAAGACUCCAUACACAGCUGGACCAAUGUUACUUUUGAAUUUUAUUUGGAGAAAUCUGAUUGGUGCAUAAUGUGAUUCACCAUCAAUGGCAGUUGUGCUUGUGAAAAUUUAAUCUGAUCAUCGGUGCAUUUCCAUAAAUGUCGUCUGAUAAUGUAUAAAUAUCCAGCAGUCAUCCUCAUCAUUUUUGUGUAUAUCUCCUCGCUGGUACAUUGCCAUAUGUUAGGCUGGGUAAUAAAAACCAAAACUAACCA